ACUCAAAAUAGGAAAGAAACAUGAAAGGUAAGGACUAGUGGCACACAUGGAAAGGAAAUCUGGAUGUGGUUUAAGUUUUGGAGAUUUUAUCAAAGUGAGGGGGAGAUGGCAGGCUGUCGCUCACAGCUUUCACAGGAGCACGCUGGAAAUGAUUCACACGGCUCACUGCAGUGGAGACGCUCACAGCAUCAGGAGCACACAUGUCGCCCCUUCUCACAUGUGUUGGUGGAGGUGGGCACUGGGGCACAGAUGUUGCCUUGUUGGUCGGCUCAGCUCAGGCUCUGCAUUCAUUGCUGGUGUUGCCUGUUGGCUGGGCUGAUGCUGGCUGGGAAGGAAGUGCGAUCAUCUUCGAGGGGACUGGUUGCUCUGUGGUUAAGGCUGAGCUCAGCUGGAAGGCAGGACAGGGUUGGACAAGUUGAGGGGAACCUUGCUGAGAGGGCAGAGAGGUGGCCCCUUCAGAUCGCCUGGGGUUGGAGGAGGAGUCAACAGAAAGGGGAGGCAAGAACAAGUUUAUGCCUAGAACAGUGUGAGUAUGCAAAUCACAGAGCACUGGAUUAGUGCCCACAGUAUCCGGUAAACCCGAGUCCUCACUGAUGGAAAGAAAUGAUUGGACACACAAGUAUUAGUAACCUGAGGGGAGGGGAGAGGCAGGUCUUCCUUGUAAGUGUCCAAAUGCUGUACAUUGAUACUCCCCUGCUCAGGAGUGAGAGUCCUGUCCCUUGCACCACACUCUCUCCCUCUUUGAGCCUGGAUUGGAUUUAGUGACUUGCUUUCUAAGAAUGGAGGAUGGAAAGGGAAAAAUAAUAACUUUACAGUUGCAAACUUGGCAGAUUACUUUAUCCAAGUGAUCAAGUUAACAACACUUGCGAGAUGCCAUUUGGACAUCAUCAGACCCCAUGUGAUGUGAUGAGAGGGGCACUUCACCUCGUGGUUUCCCCCCAAACCCACAAUCUCAGCCUAAUGAUGAGAAAAGCACUGGACGAUUCCAAAGUGGUGAAUCUCUGCAAAUCACUCCUGACACUCCUCAGAUCUGUCCAAGUCAUGAUAACUGAGGAAAGGCCACGUCGUUCUCAGAGACCACAAGAGACCAAGCUGAUACCCAGAUGGAAUGCGGCGUGGUUCAGUAUCCAGGUAUCCAGCUGGGAAGUUAUCAAUACCCAACCAGAUGAAAGACCCAGGCUCAGCCACUGUAUUGCAGAAUCAUGGAUGAAUUUCAGCAUAUUUCUUCAAGAAAUGUCUCUUUUUAAACAGCAGAACCCUGGCAAGUUUUGUCUCCUGGUCUGUAGUGUGUGCACAUUUUUUACAAUCUUGGGAAGUUACAUUCCUGGGGUUAUACUCAGCUAUCUACUGUUACUGUGUGCAUUUUUGUGUCCAUUGUUUAAAUGUAAUGAUAUUGGACAAAAAAUAUACAGCAAAAUUAAGUCAGUUCUGCUGAAACUGGAUUUUGGAAUUGGAGAAUAUAUUAAUCAGAAGAAACGUGAGAGAUCUGAAGCAGAUAAAGAAAAGAGUCACAAAGAUGACAGUGAAUUAGACUUUUCAGCUCUUUGUCCUAAGAUUAGCCUCACGGUUGCUGCCAAAGAGUUAUCCGUGUCUGACACAGAUGUCUCAGAAGUGUCCUGGACUGAUAACGGGACCUUCAACCUUUCAGAAGGAUAUACUCCACAGACAGACACUUCUGAUGAUCUUGACCGACCUAGUGAGGAAGUUUUCUCUAGAGAUCUUUCAGAUUUUCCAUCUCUAGAAAAUGGCAUGGGAACAAAUGAUGAAGAUGAAUUAAGCCUUGGCUUGCCCACUGAGCUCAAGAGAAAGAAGGAACAGUUGGAUAGCGGUCACAGACCAAGCAAAGAGAUGCAAUCAGCAGCUGGUCUCACCCUUCCUCUGAACAGUGACCAAACCUUUCACUUGAUGAGCAACCUGGCUGGGGAUGUCAUCACAGCUGCAGUGACUGCAGCCAUCAAAGACCAGUUAGAGGGUGUGCAGCAAGCCCUUUCUCAGGCUGCCCCCAGCCCAGAAGAGGACACAGACACUGAAGAAGGUGAUGACUUUGAACUACUUGACCAGUCAGAGCUGGAUCAAAUAGAGAGUGAAUUGGGACUUACACAAGACCAGGAAGCAGAAGCACAGCAAAAUAAGAAGUCUUCAGGUUUCCUUUCAAAUCUACUUGGAGGCCAUUAAUGUAGGAAUCAGCUUGCAACACAGCACAAAAAACACCAAAAAAAAUUUAAACGAGAAAAAAAAAAAAGAAAAAGAAUUUGAACUGUAAGCUUUAAUGAUUAAUUUAGAUUUGUUUUAUUUUCCUUCCUGCAGUGAAUUAAUUGGAUAUAUAUCAGCUGACACUGAUAGAUUGAUCUUUCUGAUCGUUAUUUUUGUGUAGUAAGCAUGGAAAUGAACUUUAUACACACCACUGUGUUGUCAGAGAUAAAUAUUAGGGGUUGUUUUUAAAGCAAAAAGAAACAAAACCAAAUUAUUAAAAUCCUUCUAUAUAUAUUUUUCUUUUUACAGUUUUUCAAGCAUGCAAAACAGUUUAUUGUAACUCAUUGAAAAAUAUUAACAAUUAAUUGUGAAUUCAUGCUGUUAUCAGCUUCCUUAUUCCUAAUACCUGGAAUUUUUUUUUUUAAACUGAUAGAUUCUGAUGUAAAAAGAAAUUAUCAAGGUAUCUCAGUUGAAGGACUUGGGAAAUACUAUCAAAAUUAAUUUCUUAGAAAAAAAUUAAAAGUAUAUUUAAGUACUCUGGAUAGACUGAAACAUUUCCAUGUUAUUUCUACAGUUGUAGAUUUAAGUUUAUUUGUAAAGCAGCAUGCUUCAUUGACUGCCAUCUCUAGUCUUGCAAUGGGUAGUAUUAACCCAUAGAAAGCAAGCAGUUGUAUAUCACAUAGACAGUGGUUAUGAUGUAAACAGGUUCAGUUGUUUUGUGAUUCAUUUGUCAUAUGUUUGUGAUAGGGAUGUUGGGAGCACAGCUCUAUUCUGCCUGCUCAGACUUAAGUUAGACCCUUAUCUUUUAUAUUAUGUCAUGAAAAAAGUAUCCUAAAAUUGUGAAACGAUUUCUUGAUAUGAGUGAUGUGAUCAUCAGCAAUAAAGACAUAAUAACUCUGUUUUCUUAGUCUGUAUAGAGAGGAACUUGCUUGGCUUUAAAAUAUAUUUAUUUGCCAUUUAAAUAUAAAUAUGAAAUCUGUUUCUUAUUGGGUAGAAUAUAUAUUUUUUCCUUUAUUUUAAACUUUUAAAGAUUAUUUUUAAAUAACCAAAUUUGAUUCAUGGUUUUUAACAAAGGACUAAAAAGCUGAAACCAAGCUAGUUUUGUUUUUUGUGAUAUAAACUUUAAGUGUUGAGGGACCAUGCCAGCAGCUACCAAAAAUCUCUUAAAUCUUCAAGUACAGCUGGCAUUUUGGCAGAUGCGUAGAGACAUCUGAGACCCUCAGAAAGGAAGGAUAAUCCAAGAAUAUAGGAGAUCGGUGUUCUCUUCCUUUCAUUUUAUCCUUUUUAUUUCUAAAGACUAAUUAUAGGUAAUCUGACAUUUUAAUAUUUAUUUUUUCUUUCUGAGGUAUUAAAAUAUCUAGACUGAAUUUUGCCAAAUGUUAAAGGGAGAAGAGUUACUGAAGACUUUGAACACUUGCUUUUUGUGAUUGCUUAUGUCAUUAGUGCCUCAUGACUGUGUUUGAUGUCCUUUAUUGAUACAAAGUGAGCCUGUGCCUUCAUUAUCUUGCCCAUUUUAAUACAAAUGGAAACCUGGUGUUUGAAAAUCUCUGAACUGUGUGGGUUUUGGAGGAAUAUACCUGAAUUUUAUUCAAUAACAGUUUCUGGAGAGGAAGAAAAAUACAGUUACGUAUUUAUAAAA